UCUCGUCCAUGCAGGCGCCAACAAAGUGUAUAUAUAUAAACCAGAACGCAGUCGGAAUCUCUUCUCGGUCCGAGUGACCCGUUUAAUCUGUCACACCCAUUAUCCCUUCAUUUCUCAUCCAUCAUCAUGCUCGCGAGAACUGGGUUUGUAGCCCGUCAACGAUUCCUCGCGCCUCUAUCCAGGCAAAGGAAUGCAUCUACAUCGCCCACUGACCACCACGAUCAUCACCAUAUAGAAGAAGAUACCACCGUUUACCCGAAAGAAGGCUUUGCAACUCCGGCAUGGCGUAGAUUCUUUGUGCUCUCUAUCAUAAUUGGCGCAGCAUAUCAGUUUGCUCCUGAACCUUCCGAAGAGGCGUUCGUCACGCGCUGGCUUGCGAUGUACACCACCACUUCCGAGAAAUGGUUGGAUAUGAAUGUCAGGCAUACCGUUUUGUCCAAGGAGGUUGCAGAGGGUGUGAAUCUGUUCACUACUGCAACAAGACCACCAAUCAAUCGUAUGAGAUUCCCCCAGAUGAUGGAUAAUGCUUCGCCAUUCAACGUCCAGGUGGGACUCAACGCGGACACUCGGGAUUUUGUUGCGAAGACAGAGCACGAAGUUUAAUAUAGCCACGUGACGUUGAUAGUGUUAUUGAAUUCUAUUUUUCUCUCACAUCC